AUGGUCACUCCAACGUCGAAUGAAGCCCGUAACUGCGUCGUGCUUGCGCAUGACGUGCUGACUGAGAUAGCUACCAUUUCGGGAUUACAGCGUCUUACUUGCAUGAAAUGCGAUGAACAACGGCCCCAAUGUUCGCGAUGCCUCGAUAAGGACAUUCCCUGUGAAUAUCCUCGCUCGCCAAAGUCCCGGACUUUGAGAUCACCUGUAUCCGAUACAGAAGAGACAUGGAGUCAACAUCAAAGUCUUGCCGUCCCGACUCCUGAUUUUUGUCGAUCCACUGGUACCAGUCUUGGCUCAGUAUCCAGCAUUUCCUCGCCAUUCCUUGCACCAAGUCCAAACUACGAGUUCAGUGCCAACCUAUUCACCCAUGAAACCAUUGCGCCGUCUGUAGAUCUCGGCGCAACAGAGCUCGAGCUUUUCAGCUACUACCUAUCGCAUGCUGCUCGUUCCAUGGCCUAUGAUGAUGAGGACCUGUAUGCACUACAAGUUGGCUUUCCGAACCUGGCUUUCCGAAGCAAACCUCUGAUGAGCUCCAUCCUUGCGCUUGCAGCGGUGAGAAAAUGUUAUGAUAUACUAUCUCAGCCCGAUACACAAAACAUCGAUAAAGGACAAGUCAAACACCUUCUAGCUCUCGCCGACGAGCACCACAGAGACUCGCUUCGUCAGACGCAAGCUGAUAUUCCCAACGCCAACCACUACGACCACGUUGUGGCGAAUGCGCCUCUUAUGGUACUUUAUGCAACAGCAAACCACGCCGUUCGGAUCAAAUUAUCUAAUACAUUAGACGACCACGAUGGAAGUACAAAUCUGGCUCCGGCGCAACUGCACUGGAUGACACUCAUUCGUGCAGCCCAUCUGGCGUAUACCGGUCUUUUACACUCUACCAAGGACUUUCACCUGAUGGACGAUUUUACAACCAGUCCCCCAGUGAUAACCCUGAACCAGCCUAUCAGUGGACUUGUUCCGAUGGCUGAGAAUGGACCAACCCAAAGGACAGAGACUCUACUCAUGCCAAUCAUUGCAGCCACAUACAGCUCGGCGCUUGAGAAGUUGAAGACAAGAGCGCAAACCCUGCAGUUUUCCAUGCAUCUGGCUUCCUCGGGAAGGUCCAGGGAUAAUUGUGAGAUUCAGACUUGUCUUGUCGCUUUACAGUCCCUGGCCAGUAUUCUGAGCGAGUUAUUCGAAGCAGGUAACGGCAGCCAUGAUACAUCUCAGCUUGAUUUAGAGAAUGAUUGGGCAGCUUUGAGUCAGCUUUCAGAUGUCUCUCCAUGGUUAAGGACUUACAUGGCACGCGUCACAUUUUCAACGCCACUGAAGCCACUGAGGCGAACCAUCAUGUGGUUUCUCAAUCGAGUCCCAGCAGAGUUUCUGAGUAUCAUCCAGUCAACCCUGGACAAAAUCCCAGAGACUGUCCCCGAUGAAGGUAUCCAAUGUGACGCCGAUGAUGCCUCUGAGGUUUCGCGACUUUCUAUGGACAUCUUUGCUCACUGGCUCGUUUUAGUCAUGCUACUGGAUGGUGUUUGGUGGAUUGGUGGGAUUGGAGUCUGCGAAUUGGGUAGAAUCUCAAAGUAUCUGGGACGGCAGCAAGAGGGUUCCACAAGAUCAGAAAGAACAUGGUGGCCGAGGAGUAUGCUUAAUAUUGCGAUAGAAAUAGGUAAACAGGACUAG